CAGUAUAAGCCCAAUGUUAAAUCCAGCCCAGAACCCAACCCGCCCAAACCGUCUCCCUCAUAGCCGACUGGCCGCCGAAUUUUUUUCAUGAGAAACUCCCAUUCUCUGCGAAUCGCGUCGAAUUUCUCUACUCCUACACUACCAAAUCCCGUAAGCCGCCGCGUCUCCUCUGAAGAAGGCUGAACGUGGUUGCUGUGUCACUUUGUACUCACAAUGAUAUCGCUCAAGGGCAUGUCAACUUCCCUUCUCAGCCAUAGACGGUUGAUCCCUCUAAGACCCUUUUUCAUCGCCUCCUUCUCUACACUGGUCGAAAGGUCAACAGGUUCAAGCACUGCUGCUCUAGUUGACUGCCUGAUUACAACUUUCGAAUUCCCUGAAACCCAAGCCGUCUCCAUCGCGGCGCGAUUCCUCCGUCGCAAAUCUUCCCAAAAGCCCCAAGCUUUGUACGCGUACCUGCGCGACCUCGGUUUCUCUCAUGACCACAUUCAGUCUACGAUCUCUGGGGCACCUCAGAUUCUGUUCGGUAAUGUGGACAAGAACCUCAAACCCAAGAUCGAGCUGUUUCAGAAACUGGGUCUCGAAGGUCCACGUCUUGGUAAGUUUCUCUCUAAGAAUGCUGCUGUUUUGACUGCUAGUCUGGAGAAGAGGAUGCGUCCUCGACUUCAAAUUCUGCGGGAUAAUUUCUCUGAAAAGGAUGUGGUUAGGGCUGCGGAAAGAUGCAAUUGGAUUAUUUACAAGUUCCCAGAUUCGAGAUUGUUGUCAAACAUAGCUUUAUUGAAAAGCUGUGGCAUUGUUGGGUCUCAGCUCUCGAUGCUGCUCAGAAUGCAGCCUAGGGUUUUUUUGACGAAAGAAUCUGAACUUAGAGGCAUUGUUUCGAGGACUUUGGAUUUUGGGUUUUCAGUGGAAUCAAGGAUGUUUGUACAUGGCUUGUAUACCGUCAGUGGCUGGAGCGACGCUACACUUAACCGGAAGUUUGCAAUCUUUGAGGGUUUUGGGUUUUCAAGGGGAAAAUGCAUUGCGAUGUUCAGAAUAGCUCCGGGCAUGAUGAGGUUGUCUAGUGAGAAGUUAAGGUUUGGAGUGGAUUUCUUUUUGAACACCGUGAAACUGACAAAGGAGGCAGUAGUUCGUAGGCCUGGACUGUUAAUGUAUAGCAUGGAGGAAAGAGUUAUUCCUCGAUAUCGAGUAGUGGAGAUUAUGGAAUCUAAGGGGCUGUUCAAGAAGAAGCCAAACUUUAGCAGUGUUGUGAAUUAUACAACUGAACAAUUUGUCCAAAAGUUUGUAUUCAUGUACCUAGAUCAUGCAGAGGAACUGCUAAUGGCUCACAAUGGUCACAAUGUGGAUUUGUCUAAAGGUGCAACUUGUGUAUAGGUGUCAGUGGUUUGAUCUUAUCCAGAUACUUCACCUGGAUGAGGCUCCAAGCUUGUUGCCAAAGCUUUUGAUGUAAGGGAUUGAGAUUUUCAUGGUACUGUAACAUUAGUACAUCGAACUAAGAAAAUUGAUGUGUGUUCCUUGGUAUUAUGAUUGGGUUGUCUAUGAUGAUCGACUGGGUGCUAGAAACUAAUUUGAUCAUGCGGCGAAGAUGACAGCAAGAAAACUUUUGUCGAUGCCAGUCAAUAUUGUUGAUGCAAUGAUUUUGUGACCAGAAUGCCACCCACUUCAACAUUCUUUGCCUGACCUUAUUCCUGGUAGGUGUUUUAGUAGAGGAGAAAGUCGAUAAAGAAAUAUACUGAAACAAGCAUGCCAAAGAAGAAAAAGUAUCCUUCAUCGGAUUCUGUGCAUGCUGCUACGAAAGAAUUCUUGGAGAAAGCUGCCUGUGAGAUCGUUGGAGCGUAAGCAGGCAGCUUCAGUGGACCCAUACAAAUUGACAGUGGCACAACCGAUGAGGAAGAAGCACCUGGGGACUAAUUUCAUCAUAUGUUCUGGUAAACAUCUGCGAAUUCUCUUAGCAAGACCUCAUGUUGUUCAGCUAUACUCCUUGGUUGUUUGAACUUCUUGUGGUUUAUGGUGAAUGUAAGUGUCAAAUUGGUUUGAAACUUUUGAAUAUUUCAGACUUAUGGGAAAUCCAGCCAAAGUGGAAGAAUCCAAUAUCUUUCCAUCUUUAUGUUUCUCUGUGUUUGUCAGAGAUGCUCUCUGUUUGAUAUCUGAUGUUUAAAUUCCACAAAGAGAGGGAACACCACACGGGAUAUGUGCUUAGGGCUUCUAUUUAUAGCAAGCUUGUAAAAACUUAUGCAUGUGCUGCGAUUUUAGAUACAUUCCGAAACUUACACAGGGAGCACGUGUCGGAAGCAUUGCCUCUUCAGGAUUAAUAACAUCAAAAUCGGUGAAAACGGUUAUUAGAAGUGGUGUAGAAGCUAAUGUGGUUUAUCUACUAGUAGUGUCAAGUCAACUUGAGGCCUGUAUGGUGAUUUAGGAGCCUAUAUUCUAUUUGCCCAUCUCCUUUCUGUACUUGGUCCUUCUGCUACAGCAAGUCAAGAGUCUAUUUGCCCAUACCCUUGCUUGAUAUUGCUCGACUUUCUGUUGCCAUUAACUGUUUAGCCAAACCUGGUCCUUAGCUGGUGUUUCUAACAUGUUCCAUGGUAUAUACACGUUUCUGGAGUAAUCUGGGCCGAAUUGAUAUGCUGGUAACACACUAACACUGGAGUUGACAAUUUCUGUCUUGUUCUUGUGUUGCUCAGCUCUUGAUAAGCAUAUGGCAGUGUUGAUACUCUAGGUAUUAUCGUCUCAUGAUGGUGCUGCAGAAAGCAGUCGGAGGAUGACCGUCCUAAGAAACACUUUCGAGGUUCAACUGCCAGAGGGAUUGUGCCGUUUUGCGCAGUUUCCAUGCUCCUUGAUGGCUAGUUUUUCUGUUAUUUGCCUAUUUGUAGGGGAAAUGGCAUGGCAUGUUAUGUGAAUACCCUUUCAACUGGAGAUAGCCCUCAUAUGCUUGGAAAUAUACACCAUUUGAUGUGGCAGUAAAAAGCAAGAUUUCCCGGGUAAGGUUCGAUCCUUCGAAGUUGAUUUUGUUAUUCUUGUGGUCAACAUAUUAUGAGUCCAUGUCAACUUAUUCGUCAUGCAGGAAAGCUCAGAACAGGGUAGCCCCGCGGCUCUAUUCGACAAAGUGCGCAAGAAGUUAUCCAAUAUGAGUAGCAACAUAGAAUGUUGCUAAAUAUCAAUGUUUAUGAAUCUGGUUGUGAUUUUUUUUUUUUUUAGUUUGGUUGGUAAUCAUUUAUAUGCUUAUUACUAAAGUUCUAAUUGAUUUCUAGUAUGGGGUAUCAACGAUUUUCUCGUACGAGUAACGAUGUUCAUGAGUUGUGAAUUCGAUUACUUAAUAUGGUUAGUAACUACUUUGAGUGUGGUUCUGAAUGGCGUCAUUAAAAAGUUUGAACAUGCUACGUAACAAUGCGGAGCAGAGGUGAUACGGAUUUUUACGAUGUGAUUAGGAGAGAGAGAUUUUUGUGUUUAUUUAAAUUUGCAAAUUAUUUAAGGCGGAAAGUAGUAAACAAAAGGCCAAAAAUAGUCAUUGCAUACUAACAGGGGAGUACAACAAUACUAUUAUCCAAGUAUGUGAAACCAUAUUAAAGGUUUUUUUUUUAUGCAAAGGAGUAUUGUACUUUGAAAGAUUGGUUAUAGAGGUGGAAAAUAAAUACAUUUAAUCUAAACCAAGAUCAAAGCAACUCACGAAAACCGGUUGAAAUCAAACUGUGGUUGAAAGGUACAUCAAAGAUUAGCAAGCCAUUUUACCAAAAAAAAAAAAAAAGAUUAGCAAGCCAACAAAAUGACAUCAACCACCCAAACACAAUUAAGCUUUUGAACCAGACACAACUGACAACACACUCACAAGCUCUCUUUCUUCCAACCAAACAAAGGUGCAAUAAGAUCAGCAACAACUUGUCCAAUCACAACUAAAUACAUGACAAUUGAGUACAACAAUGCCAUAUGUACCCUCCUGUGGAUUGCUCAAAUACAUCAAUCACAGUGAAUCUAAAAAACGAGUAGAGAAUAACUUCACCAUAGACGAUGAGACCACCAGACUAGGGCAAUCAACCAUCACAAGGAGCGAAUCAAUGUUCCCAACCUGUAAUCUCCAGAUCCCAAGAUGAGCUAGCCUAUAACAGGAAACCCAAUAUAGAACGAAGAGCAACAACUAGACUAGAGAGUGAAAAAUGGAAGGCCACAACGACUGGAGAAAGAGAAUCAAAACGAAAAGUUCGAGGAAAAAUCGCCAAACGCCAAUGCAAGAAAAGCGAGAACAAGAAAAGCACAAAUAAAGCGAAAGGAGAAGGAAGCGAGCUGCCACCGAUCACUCAAAGGGAGCCAGCGGCAGCCUCUGGAGGCGGAAGAGUGGAGCUGGAGUUAAAGAGAAGGGAGAGCAAAAAUUAAAAUUUAAGGAUGCG